AUGGAUAGAAUUUGGAUAACAUUUUUGCUAUUGAUUAUCGCCAUCAUUUUCGGGCAAACGAAGGGACAAUCAACAGUGAAUGUACAGCUCGUGGUAAAAAAAUACGUCGAGCGAGGAAGUGCAGUAGCACUUUAUUGCGAAAAUGAUGUUUUACCAGAUAUCCUUUACAAGGUGACCUUUCUCAAAGAAGAGAGCAAAAUUUUUGAGUAUAUUAAAGGACGAAGCCCACCGUAUCGAAAUUACAGUAUACCUGGAGCCGAAAUUGAUUGGAAAAAGGUGACUCCUUCUACACUAACGCUAAAGAAUGUGGACUAUGAUGCAUCCGGUUCGUACUAUUGUGAAGUUUCGACCGAUACGCCCAUCUUCACCAAAGCAUCAAACGAUGAAAUGCUGCACGUGAUGUUGCCACAGAAAGGACCACCAACAAUCGAAUUUGCCAAAAAACAACUUUACUAUGGUGAUAUGCUCAUUGCAAACUGUACCACUUCAAGAGCCCGCCCAUCACCGCACAUUACGUGGUUGAUCAAUGGAAAACAGGUGGAUGACGCGCACGUCCGGCAAUUACAUCAUAAUUCAAAAAACAGUCAUCGCUCAAAGGUGCAACAAGCCCUCGGACAACAAACGACUCUUUUCCACGGGAAGGUAAUCGGUUCUGGUACGAGUUCAUCCGGCAGUGGCAGCUUAAAGGAGCUAAAGCAACGAACAAAAGCGGUUGAAAACGACUUCCAGGACAAACUGACAAAAUCCACUAGCUCCAUGGGUCUGGGUGGUGGACUCGGCGGUGGUAACGGCGGCUACACGGGUAGCUUCGAGAUUCAACCUAACUUAGGCUAUCACAGUUUCGAAAGUGGCUACAACUAUGGUAUAAAAAUGCACCAUCCCGGUCGGGAACGAAGUGGCGGUAGUACGAUCGGAUUACUGAACGGGGCAUUUGGUGGGUCCGCUUAUGGAAGUUUCGGCGGUAUGGCCGGGCUGGGUUCGCUCGGUACUGGGCCUGGCCUUGGAACGCCUGAUAUCAUCGUGGAGGAGAGUGAUAAAAAGACUUGGCAGCGAAAUGACUACAACUAUAACUAUAACCAGUACUACGACAAUAAGCAGCUACAACAGCAACAACAGCACUAUGAUAAUGGCUACCGAAAGCAUCGUCCCUCGUUCGAGCACAAAUACCGGCGGCACGUCAAUGAGGGUGAACAACGCAAGAGUCAUCGUGUAUUUGCCUCCUACAGUCAACUGUCAAUCCGCAUAACUGAGGCUUUAACGAACAACUUGGGCCGAAUAGAGAUCACCUGCCUAGCAACAAUUCCAGCGCACGUAGAGCCGGGCGAACAGUACGCUGACUAUAAGACUUCGUUGAUCAAACUCGAUAUUGAGCAGAAUGAUCAAACAUCACCACAGCCGUCAAUGAGCGGAAUGGCCGCAUUCGGAAAUUCCGGCGCAGCACAAAACAGCUUCCAUUCGGUGCCCGUGCGCAGUCGUUCGGUCGUAGCUCUAAUCGGUGCUUUGCUGGCCCUGAGUAUCGCUUUCCGCCGCUGCCGACCACAGUUUGUGUAA